GUAUAGGAUGUACUUGGAUACGAGGUUCUUUGAACUCGGCUAGCUGGCAUGUGUUCUGGCCUCGUUGGAUUUCUAGGAGCAAAAUAAGUAUCUCUGAUUCAUUCUGACAUCUAAAAGUAAACCUAUUGCUGCGAAAGAUUUCGAUAGAUCGGGAAUCUUUACAGAUCAAACAGGGUCGACCUGGACGUGGAGUUUACGAAAGCUGGGGAAUAGGUGUUAGGUGUUAAAACACAACUCGAAAUCGGCCUCUCAUUAGGGCAAAGCCUACAGUGAAUCACGCUUGGUUGAGAUGAUGUGGGAAGCUUUACAACUCACUUUAAGGAACUAACCACCACAAAUUACUGGAUAUACUGCAAAUCAGUUUCUAAAAUCAUUCGCAUUUGGAAUAGUUUUCGCCAUAUAUCGAAUGAAACUGAAGAUCUAAAAGUAAAGGUACAACCAGGUUCCAGUACCAGUGCGACAUACAAGGAGUCUGCUUUAUAUUGGGAAACGUGUACAGCGAUCUCCCAAGAAUAUCGUUCCCUAGUUGGCAAUAUUAGUGAGGAAUAACAACACAGUAGAGCUCUCCACGUUAUCACUUCAAUCAUGGAGUAUUUCACAAUUAUGGAACAGGACGUCUACCCAUAAGAGGUUUCAAGUUCAACGAACCGUCGAUACUUAGAUUGGUUAAACAGAACGACAUCGGACAUGGAUGUGAAUUCGCUAUCGGCGAUUCCAGUGCAAGCUCCGACGGUUCGAUGCUAUCAUUGCCACUUCAAAUUCCCGGACAGCUGUGAAAUACUGGAUCAUAUGUUUGAUAGACAUUUUAAGCGUGAAAUAAGCCUACUAUGCCGUGCCCCUAGCCAAACCGGCGCCACCUAUCGGUCAAUACAUUAUGGGAUCCAGCCUUCAGAUAUCUCUAAAGGGAAAGUAAACUUUGUGGAGGAGUCUCUAAGUUUGGAGGUGAUUGAGGAUAAACUCAAGGAUGUGAUAGCCACGACUGACGCUAAAGGCAACGAGGAGACACAUACAUACUAUAUAAAUCCUCAACUAGGGAACAGCCCAAGGCGUGUUAAAUCCCCUUCACCACGCAAUCUAUCAAGUGAAGAAAAUUGUUUUGUUUUCCCCUCACCCAAAAUAGCUAAAAAGCAAUUGGGUAUAGGAGUAAAUGAUUCCCCUAUACUAAGCACCAAGUCCUACAGUGAGAGCCUUUCCCCAAGUCAUUCUGUACUGUCGUAUGAGUCUUCAAACUCAACCUACCUGAACAAUGGUAGUGCAAAGUUCCUUGAUACAACAGUGCCUCGCAAAAAUGGAGCCCCACCUAUUAUGACCAAUAAGGAUGUACCAAAAGUUAUAUUGAAUGGACAUACAGUAUUUGAUACCCCAAUUGACACAACAUCUAACAGUCAAACUCCCAAAGCAGUGGGUUCCAAUGGCAGUGUACCACAUGGUAUGAGUGGGGCAAAAGAAUCACGGGCCAGACCAACUUCAUUACCUGUCAGUCUGGACUCUAGCAACAUAGGAUUAACCCUUUCAAGGCCACGAAGUGGCACCAAAGAUUCAGUGGCUUCAGGAGCAAGUUCAACCUCCAUUGGUGCAUUUUCAGCAAAAAGCGUUGAUAGCUUUGUACUCUCGGAAGAAGACGUGUCAGCAUAUCGAGAAACAUUUGACAUGCUUGAUACUAACAACGACGGGGGCAUCACGAAAAAACAACUCUUGGAUUUCCUUACGAGACUCGGGGCCGAUAUACCAGAGAGUGAUAUCAACACUAUGAUGGAACUAGUCGAUAGUGAUGCCGAUGAAGUGAUCAGCUUUGAUGAACUAUUGGAGCUGAUGAGAGUUUUCCACAGCGUGAUUGAUCACUCGACAACCGUAGCAGAGGAGAUGAGAGCGGCAUUCAGGGUAUUCGACAAGAACAACGACGGGAAGAUAACGAGAGAAGAGCUGAAGACAACCAUGGUUGAGCUUGGAGAGAAACUUACUGAGGAAGAGAUUGACGCAAUGCUCAAAGAUGCUGAUCUUAAUAAAGAUGGAGUAAUCGACUACACCGAGUUCGUACAGAUGAUGUCCAGACGAUUUUCGCAUUCACUAGACUAUACCGAGAAUGGAAAGUUUUCCCCGGAACAAGUUGCAGAUUUAAGAAUCGCCUUCAAUCUCCUGGAUAAGGACAAGGAUGGGACAAUUACUAAAGAUGAACUAAAGGUUGUGAUGACAGCAUUCCAUCAGAGCGUUACAGACAAAGAAUUAGAUGAAAUAUUUGCUAAAGUAGACUUAGAUCGAAAUGGGCGAAUUGAUUUCAAAGAAUUCCUGACAAUGUUAGAAGACAAAAUGAAAGUCCAGUGUGAGGACGCAGAAAUGAGACAAGCAUUUAAGGUAUUUGAUCGGGAUAAUAAUGGGUACAUCGACUGUGAUGAACUGAAAUCGACCAUGGAUGAUUUAGGAGUGAAACUAAGUAAUAAAGAUGUGGAUUCCAUGAUGAAAGAAGCGGGCGUAGGGAAAUCAAAAAGAAUUUACUAUGAAGAUUUUGUAAAGAUGAUGUACGGUAAACUCCCGACUGGUACCAAACCCUCAGUACAAUUUUCCAAGGAACAAGUCACAGAAUUUAAAGUAUCAUUUGCCUUGUUUGACAAGGAUGGGGAUGGAUAUAUGUGUGAAGGAACUACAGUCUGUCAUGCAAUCAUUGGGACAAGCCCCAAGUGAAGAUAUGCUCAAGAAAAUGUUUAAUAAAGUUGACACUGAUGGGAAUGGUCUCAUCGACUUCGGCGAAUUCGUAGACAUAUUAGAAAGGAAGGAUGCUUAUAAAGGACAGGAAAAACGAGGUUCAGACGACUCUGAAAUGAGGGCAGUUUUUAAGGCUUUCGACAAAGAUUCCAAUGGUUAUGUAGACGCUAAAGAACUGAAGAGUACAAUGCAAGAGAUUGGCCUCCAGCUCACAGAUUCUGAUGUCCACGCCAUGAUGAAGGAAACAGGGGUAAAAGAUGGACGGAUCUUUUAUGAAGAUUUUGUCAAGAUGAUGUAUGGUAGAAUAGGUAGUAGUAAUCCCACCGAGAUAGAACAUAGUCCCAGACCGUCAGAACCACUCACACCCACUACAGCCCUCACCACGCAACAGCUAGCAGAAUUACAGGUUGCUUUUUCCAUGUUUGAUAAGGAUGGAGAUGGUAGGAUCACUGCAAUAGAGAUGCAAUCUGUUAUGAAGUCAUUAGGUGUACAUACUUCAUUUGAAAAGGUUCAGCAAAUGUUGAGAAACGUUGAUAAAGAUGGAAAUGGUACAAUAGAAUUUAAUGAAUUCCAAGAGUUGAUGGAAACCUGGUUUGCCAAACACAAUGUGUCAAUGCUUAGUCACACUCCACCAGAUGCGGACUCGGAGGCACUGAAAGCGUUCAAUAUAUUUGAUAAAGAUGGAAAUGGUUUCAUAGAUCAGAAAGAGUUGCAAUACACUAUGAAAAAGCUGGGCGUGGUACUAACAGAUGAAGAUACGGCGCUAAUGCUAAAAGAGGCUGACCUCGACGGGGAUGGUCUGAUCAACUUUGAAGAAUUCCAGAGAUUAAUGGCAGGGGAUUUCACAACUACUAAAAAAGCUGCUCAAACGUCUAAACUGCAAGAAUACCGAGACGCAUUCAAGGUAUUUGACAAGGACUCUGAUGGUUACAUAGACGCCAAGGAACUCAGUGAUGUAAUGACCUCUUUAGGAAUUAAAUAUAAUCAAAAGCAGAUCAAGAGGAUGAUAUUAAAAUACGAUAAAAAGAGGGUAGGAAAAGUUUCAUUUCACGACUUCAUGGCGAUGAUGACUAGAAGGCGGAUGUCUCUUGCUCUAGGGCAGGAAGACGACACUGAUAUUAAAAAUGAGAGGGAGAUGAGAGACUCUUUCAAAGUAUUUGAUUUAGAUGGAGAUGGUUUUAUCACAGCAGCUGAACUAAAACAUGCCAUGAAAAAUUUAGGUGAAGAUCUUUCAGAUGCAGAUGUUGAUUCUAUGAUUCAAGAAGCUGAUCUUGAUGGCGAUGGAAAAAUAAAUUAUGAAGAAUUUAAGAAGAUGAUGUCAUCGAAGCAAUAACCGAAGGUUAUGACAUCAUAUAUCCAUGAGCUUAUACCUCAAAACAGGGAGACAAUGUGUAAUCUAUGCACUGCCUUGAAUAGAAAGGCAACCAGUGGUACAUUUUGAUGUACUGAUAUAUAUGAACUGCCACAGGCGACAAAAUGUGCAUUGUUUUGGUGUAACAUCACUACUUUGCACUGCCUUUGGCAUCAAACUAUAUGUGCAUUGUGAUGUACUAUGCACUGAGUAGAUAAUAAUAAAGACAGGCCAAAAGUGCACAGAGGAUGUUCACUUUUUGCCUUGGUGUGCAAUGUAUGAUGCCAACAACAUGAAAAUUCAGCAAAGGAUUUGCAGCUGGACUUUAGUGGCAUCUGGUGUCAAAUGUAAGAUGUAUAUUAUGGACUGAGAUAUGGUGAACAUAUAAGAGGUGUAAAUAGUAGUAAAUAUGGUGCAAACGUUGCAGGCUUAAUUUUGUCAUCAUCAAAUCUUGUUGCUAACACGUGUCUACAUCAAGUCAUCAUUAAAUUGUUUGUGUUCGCAUUAUUUCAUUAAAUGAACUUCAUUCAUAAUGUUUAGUCAUUAGACAUAACAUAUGUGAAUGAAGAAUAUAAUGAUUCUGUUAUCCCAAUUUUCCGGGCCAAUUUGUCAAUGUUUUAGAAUGCAAAUACCAAAGGAACUAUGAAAGUAGAUGGUUGAAAUUGAAUACAGUAGUAAAAAUCGACUUUUCAGUCAGCCCUCGGAACUCAGAUGAUAGACCUUAGAGCAUGGAGUUUUGAAUUUUGGUUCAUAAAUAUUGUGUAUAUACUGGCUAUCAUAUGUAACCUCAGUCACAUAUCUAAAUGCAAGAUAUGCAUGUACCUAUCGUAUGCCAUGUUCAAAAUGUAUACAGAAUAUAAUAUACAUGAACUUGAAUGAUACAAUGUAAAAUUGUAUUCCUUAUUUGCAAAUAGUUCCAAAAUACUGUCUCAAAUCCUAUUAUUUCAUCAGUUCAAGCAAGUUGGAUGAAGUCAAACUGAGUUCAGAUUUCAUUGAAACAUUAACAAAAGCUAUGCAUUCGUGUUUAUAAAGUUCAUAUUUUACAGUUUUGAACAGAACUAUUGUUUCAAUAUCAUGUGUAUAAUGUCAAUAACUUGUGAUACAUACCUCACUUUUCUCUUCAUACUCAAUGUGUGGUCUAUACGUUUCUAUAAAUGUACAUUUAGCACCAAUUGUAAAGUUGAACCAGUAGCACUACUGGUACCAAUAAUCUGAACUGAGAAGUCUAAAAUAAGCAUGUUAUUCCACACUUGGUAAAAUAUAAUUUUGUAUUUUAUAUAUGGGAUAAACAUAUUAUUAUAUAGGAGGUAUAAAGACAUGUGAUUGCUUUUAUUGCAUGGAUAUUUCAGUCAUUCAUAAUGACUCCAGGGCCUUAUCUUUAUUGAAAUAAACGUUAUUCUGUCAAAACCUAACUUUGUAUCCGAAAUUCAGACUUUUCACAUAAAGUACUUUGUCUCCUGGCUAUACAUUGAUAGAUAUGCUAGAGUAUAUUUUUCCUUUUUUGAUAACUCAUCAAUGCUGGCAUUGAUGAAAUACCAUAGAAAAUGCUUAUUGUAUUGUAAUUCUAAAAAAGUAAAAGUAGAUUGAUAUUUUGGUUUUUCUCCGAACAACACGGGAUCGUUUUCAAACAUAUUAGAUUGAAACUAUGUACACUGGAAUUACUGAAAAUGUGUUCAAAACAUAAUUUAAUAAACAAAAAUAUCAUACUCAAAGUAUUUCUGAACUUGAAUACUUCUUUUGGAAAAUAAAAUAACUGAUAGGAAAGAAUGUUCAUUCCAGGAUCAUGUAUAUCGCUUAUGAUAAUUUCCUACUGUACACAUGUAUAUAAAAUUCGUGUUUUGUUAAAGAUGAGAAUUUUGAAAAGCUGAAGGCGAAAUUGAUGUGUUUUUAUUGUUUAAUUGUUGAUGAGAUGUAAUGAUUUAAAUACAAACGUGUAUGUUAUUGAGUAUUGUUUUUAUAAUACACAUGGACUUCCAUUAUAAA